AUGAAAAAAUCAUAUGAAACAAAAUCCUCUACGAGGAAAGACAAAAAAGACUCUUUACAAGACAAACCACAAGAAAAGACACAGGAUAAGUCUUUAACAACAUAUUUUUCACCUCAGCCACAUCAGACUCUAAAGUAUAGGACGACUGAUAUGGAUCUCAGUUCAGAGAGUAUGGAGUCAGAAGGUACAAAAAAGCCUGAUAAGGAACCGAUUACUAUUUCACUGUUGCAUACAAGUUUAAAUGCCAAUUUAGAAGAGAUAAAAUCUGAACUGGCCGUAAUGGCUACAGAAAUCAAAGCAGAUAUAAAAAAGGAAAUAAAUAUCUUGACAACAAAAUUGGAGGGUCUUGAGGUUAAAUUAAAAGAUAUGGACUUCCAAGUAAAUCUCCUGAAUGAUAACUAUCAAUUGGCACUUCGUAAAAUUUCAGACCUCGAACUCAAAGUAAGUGAUUUGGAAGACCGAUCGAGGUGGAAAAAUUUACGUUUUAGAAAUCUGCCGGAGAAGGGAACCCAGGACAAUGCCAAACAAAUUGUGAUAGAAUAUAUAUCGGCCCUGGGGAUUACAUACAAUCCUUCAGAUCAACUAAUUGAAAGGUGUCAUAGACUAUUCAAACCGAAAUCUCCUCAGAAUGAUUUACCUCGAGAUAUUAUGGUUUGUUUUUUUGCAUUUGAUUUCAAGGAAACGAUUUUAAAAGCUGCCAGAUUAAAUCCGGUCUCUUCAGGUCCCUUCCAGAAUGUCAAGGUGUUUCAGGACUUAUCAUUCGAAACUAAAGCCCAACGUAAAAAGUUUGGCUUUGCUACCCAAAUUUUAUGA